CGUGCACCCCUUUCUCAGCUGUGGCGCGUUCGGGAGAUGGUCUGGAUUUUCGUACGAAAAGUGUCCAUGAUCUGCGGGGACGAGGACUCGGAACAACUAGAACCCUACAUUAUUGAGCUACACGACCACGUUCAAGACUCAAGACUAUGAUUUUUCACUCGAUGACCUGGCUCCUCUUCGCAUCAUGUACCAGGAUGCGUUUCGCCUAACCACUCGGUGCAAGGGGCCCGCCGACAAGGUGCUGUCAGCCGCAUCACCAGAAAGUUGGCAGUCUCGGCUUCCUGAGUCUUCUCCUCUCAACCCCCAUGUCAACGCAGCCUCUCCUCCAGCGCACCGCCGCGAAGCGCAUCGCUCUUCCCGUCCGCGUCGAGCCCAAGGUCUCCUUCGCAAAUGAGCGCACGUUCCUAUCCUGGCUGCAUUUCACGGUCGUGUUGGGCGGACUCGCGGUGGGGCUGUUGAACUUCGGGGACAAGGUGGGCAAGAUCAGUGCAGCAAUGUUUUCAGUCAUCGCCGCCGGAAUCAUGAUCUACGCGCUGUACACAUACCACUGGAGAGCGGCGUCCAUAAGGCGGGGUGGGAGGGGUCCGUACGAUGACCGGAUGGGUCCGACCGUGCUCUGCGUCUCCCUCCUCAUCGCGAUCAUAGUCAACUUCGUCCUCAGAUUUUCGCAGCCGUAGAAGCGAGAAUGGUUUCGCAGUUGUCUUGUCGUGAUCCUUUUCGUACACUUCCACAUCCACAUCCUAUCCCAAUGUACAAUCGUCUUGGAUAAAAAAACAGCUUUCGUGG